AUGAGAGUCCUGUCUUCGCUCGUUAUACUUCUUGCCACGGCUCUGGCAGAGGAGUACACCACACUCACUUCGAAAUACUGCUACGCCGGCGGCCUCGUUUGCAAAACCACCACCGAUUACGGCUCUAUCACCACCGUCACCGCAAAUCGCGCAACUGUGACCACAUACGUCCCCGUCACUUACGUUCCAACACUGGUCACCGUGGAUGGUAAGGAGACUUGGCAGCAGGUCAGCUACUCGACGUCUGUCAACGACUAUGGCCAAGAGACGGUCGUGGUCACCUACUGCGACAUUUCGUCGCAGACUUCCAGCAGAGUCACCUCCCUUGUGUCCUGCGACGUGCCGUUCACACAGACCGAGGGUAUUACCAUCACGACGACCGGAUGGGACGGGCACGUGAGCACGGUCACGAGCGCCACCACCUACGUCACCUCGAGGGCCUGUCCGACCACAUUAACGUGCGAGACGUGCAAGACCACCUCGUCGACGUCGUCCUCUGCCUCCUCGACAUUGUCUUCUUCCUCAUCUGUGUCGACCACGUCCUCCACUUCAAUCUCGUCUUCCACCACCUCGUCCACGUCGACUACUUCUUCCACAUCCUCUGCGUCGUCGUCGUCAUCAUCUAGUACAUCCAAGCUGACCUCCUCGUCCUCCUCCACUUCCUCCACAUCAUCAUCUGCCUCUUCCUCCUCAUCCACUUCCUCAACUCACUCAACAUCCACGAUGAGCUCAAGCUCAUCGUCCUCCCUGUCAUCCACGUUGUCGACUCCGGCCUCGACGUUUUCGACGUCAUCUACAUCGUUAACAUCUUCCAUCCCACCUUCGACACCUUCCACUACGUCCGCGUGGUCUUCGUCGACCGCGUCGUCCACCCUGUCGAACUCCUCCUCCAGCUCUUCCUUCAGCUAUACUUCCAGUUCUACCUCCACCUCUACCUCCACCUCUACCUCCAGCUCCUCCAUCACCAGCUUCUCCACAUGGUCAUCCAUCUCGUCAAGCUCCACAACGCCAUUAUCGAACUCGACCAGCUCCAUCUCAAGCCCUGUCUCCUCCUCCUCCUCCUCCUCCUCCACACUCCUCUCCACCUCCUGGUACAGCUGCAACCAGCCCUAUGUGGCCACGAUCACCGUCACUGCCGGCAGUUCCAGCUCUCUCUCCACGUACACCACGUCGUCCGCCUGCCCAACUGCCACUGAGUCCAGCACCGUCACAACGUGCACAGAGUGCAACAAAGACGUCCAUGUGAGUUCUCAUUCGGAGCCGGUCCAGUACUCCAGCACGUGGGUGACAGAAGUUUCUGCCUCGACGACGACGGAGACCGUUUGCACCGAGUGCAAGACUAGCGAAUCGGUGGUGGAGACGACAGUGACGAACGAAACAACCACGUACGUGACUACCUGUCCAGAGUCUAGCGAAACUACACAGCCGCCAGAGACGAGCUCCGCUCCAGCAACAUCUGCAAACACAACCCCAGCUACCUCGAGCUCCUCACUGGCAGAGACAAGCCAAACGGAAAGCUCAUCUGAAACUCCAAAAACACCGUCAGCGACAGCCUUUGAAACAAGUACAUCAGUUUCCUCGUCUACAGAGACUCCAGCACACGUCACAAGCUCCAGCUCUGGAAUCGCUUCGUCUUUGGUCUCUACACCUCACACCCAGAUCUCGAUUACGGUGGUGAAAUCGUGCACGGAGGAGAAGUGCCAGCCGCCAACGACGGGCAGCCCUGUGGUGCAAUCCGGCUCCACGCUGGCCUCAACGCUUCGCACCUCCGCCAGUUCCGUUUCCUCGCUCCAGCCGCUGUCGUUCUUUCAGGGCGCAGCAUCGUCUGCGUCGAUCUCGUAUUUCUCGUUCUUUUUGCUUCUCGUCCCAUUCAUAUAG